UAAAUUCAAGUCACACACCUACAAAUUGUGAAAAAAUCUUGCAUACUGGUUUAGUACGUUGUGUCAGCUACGACACUAAACACCCAUAAAUUCAUCGUACGCUCGCUUGCUCACCUGCGAUCCGUUAAGACAGUGUAAUAGUUGGAGGAAAAAUAAUCGAUAAUAAGUAAUAAUGAAUACCCAGCUGAUCUUGUUGCUGGCCUGUGUGGCAUUGGUUGCAGGCAAAUUCCAGAUUCGUACAGCUCAAGAUGCGUUUGACGCACACGAGGCGUGCCAUGAGGAGUACCGCGUCCCGGAAGACAUUUAUCAGAAGUUCCUGAACUACGAGUUUCCAGCGCAUAAACGUACCAACUGUUAUGUGAAGUGCUUUGUGGAGCGAAUGGGACUCUUCACCGAGGAGAAGGGCUUCGAUGAGAAAGCGAUUAUAGCGCAAUUCACUGCGAAGAGUUCAAAGAAUUUGGCCAAGGUAUCACAUGGACUUGAGAAGUGUCUUGAUCACAACGAACACGAUUCGGACACUUGCACUUGGGCUAAUCGCGUAUUCUCCUGCUGGAUAUCCGUGAACCGGCCGAUUGUUCGCCGAACCUACAUUGAAAACUAGGGACUCGAUGCGGCGUUGCGAUUGCGAUUGCAAAAUCU